GGAGAGAACGAGUGAGUGACCGGAUGAGAGAGAGAGAAAGGGAGGGAGAGAACGAGUGACUGGAACUCUAUUUCAGGCACACUCACAAACAGGGAGGCAGACCUCUGUACACAGCUCCGCUCUGGUCUUAGUAGAUUCACAAUAUUUUCCCCAGCGCGUGUGGCAGGUCACGCCCCAGGAGAGUGAGACAGCGCCGUAGAGGGCUUGGAGAAUGGAGGACAGCAUGUGAUCAAUGCCAACCUGACCUCUCCGCUCAACUGUUGGAAGCAUGUUUCGCCUUUCGCCUGAUUUUUGCUUUUGGUGCUUCGUCCUGGCCAUUGUUCUCCACACAACCACGUUUGCUGAUGAAGAGGCGGAUCUGACUCAGAUCGGACAGCCGAAGCCGACCAAACUGCCUGAUAGUAAGGGAAGCUUCUUUUGGCGGCCAAGCUGGUCUAUUGACCCAUCGAAUCUGUUACCUUCACUGAACCUAUUUGGAAAGAAGUCAGAUACUAAGGAUGUAGGGCCCUUACGAGCCACAGGAAUCCCAACAACGGGUCCAUCUCCAGAACCAUCAAAGGUCAAGCCCAGCACAGGAUCAGGAGAGGAAAAUCUUCCUAGAAGCCCUCAAACCUCCACCACUAUCUCUUCAACAGAUAAUCCUCCCAGCUCAACUGAGAUAAGGACAGUAGCCAACCCACAUACAGACAUUCCUAACAAGAGCACACAACCAAACAACAAAGAUAUAUUGUAUUCUACAACCUCGGCAUUGGAGUCCAUAUCUUCCAUUUCAAUGUCAAAGGGGAUCAAGCUAUCUUCCCCCACCAGCACAAACACACCACCACUGACGACAACGCAGUCACACCUGUUGCCAGAAACAUCUCAAAUGGCGGUGCACAGCCGGCGUAUCACCUCUAAACCAUUCCCAGAGAAAGCGAAGACCCUCGAUGAACUCCUCGCACCCUCCGUCCCACUCCUGACGGCCCCACAGACCCCAGUCCUCACAACCCUGGUUAAAACCCCACCAAGGAACACUGUCAGUCCAACACCAGUAGAGGCCACACUGACCAGACAACCAUUUAACUCAGAAUCCCCACCCAGGUCUCCACACACCAGGGUCCCCACAACAGGGCUGGAUCCGACCGUAAGCACCCACAACAUCACCCAAACUCAGCCGCGUCCACCAGACCUGGGUUUCUCCGAGGCCAAAGUGGGGCCUACGGCGGAGCAGCCGGAGACAAACACCCCGACGAGAAGAAAAGACGGAGCAGUGCCCAGAGCAGCGAGCACAACUCUAGAGUUGCUAACGGUUUACUCAACAGCACCGCGGGUGGUUCCUGAUGAGAAAGGGGAGGGGACUGGCAUGUAUCCAGGGGAGAGGGAUGUGGACGUGGUUACGGUUACCGCAUUUACGCCGCUGAAUCAAGAUGACCUUCUUGACCCUGACUGGCUGUCUGACCCCACAGGCAGUGAGCCCACUUACCUCCCAGACUGCAAUCAGGAACGCUCCGGAAUCUGCAGCGUCACAGACACCUGGGAGCCUCCGACCGCUAACGGCAACCCCACCCCCAAUACCACUGACGAAUCAAACAGCCCGUUCGCUGUCCCAGCCCAGCACGUGUUCAUUCCCCUGCACUCUGACUGGAACAGUGCCAUGGCCUCAUGGGGACUGGCCUGGGAGGCCCACAUUUAUGGCCUGGGCUCCAUCUUUGCCCUGGUGACCCUGGCCUCGGCGCUGAAUCUGCUGUGCCUGCCCUUGCGCUGCCCGUCCGGCUGUGGCUACUUCUCCCUGGUCAGCGUCUUCCUCCUGGCUGCGGCGUGUACCAGAGCUUUCUCCCUGCUUUAUGAUGCCUACGGCCACCAGGACCGACUGCCCUCCACGGAGGCCUCCCUGUUGCUCUAUGAAGCCCCGUUCCCCUGCUUGACCGCAGCUUUCGGCCUGGUCUUCCUGCUCCUCUCCAUGCGCUCCAGGAUGCAGCUCUCCUACUCAGCAUUCCAGCGGCCCUGUUUCCUGGCAUGCUUGGUGCUUCUACACUUUGCUGCAGCUUUUGGUCCCAUUGCACUGCUGAGGCUCUACCAACAGAGGGCGCCCCUUUCCCUCUUCCUCUCACUUGUUUCCCGGGGGGCGUUUGUGGCGCUGGCUUCGUUUCUGUCGGCAGCCUAUUUUGUGUUCUUCUGUUAUGUGAGGGCGGAUUCAAAGCACAUUUACCACCUGAAUAACACCUCCCCUACGCCGGCUGAGCGAUUUAAUCGAUGUCCAUUUGCAGAGAACCGGGACUGGGACCGUGCGGCUGCAGCAGUUUGUCUUUCUGCUUUGUUUUCCCUGGCAUGUGCUGGACUACAGCUGUAUGCCAUGCUCCACGCUAUGGGGCUGGCCGGAGGGGCGGAUGUAUUCCGCCCCUGGCCUUGGUGGACCUUCCAGCUAAGCUGUAGGCUUUGUGAGGCCGGCAUGUGUCUCACUCUGGCCCUAGUUGUGGCCCAGCCAAUCUACUGUUCUGACCACCUCCCCCAGCCUGGAAGCUGUUGGACCGAGCUGCUAGCGGUCAAGUCCCCCAUCAUGCCGGGAACCUACCAGUGGACCCUGAACCAGCAGGAGAAGCUGGCCAUCUGCGACAACAUCGGUCACGGGGAGACCGAGUGUCUGCCGCUCUACACGCUGGUGGAUGAACGGCUGGGCACCAGCUUGAAUGGCCUGGAUCUCCUCUACCACAGCAACCGGGCAUUGGCCUACCGGGACCUGGAUUUGGAUCUGCCGGACACCAAAAAGCCAGAGGAGCAGCUAGGUGGAGAGGCAUCUGGGGGCUCGUCCUUCACCAGCGACUCUACAGCUGACCUGAGGCCCCCGUCGCCCAUUAACCUGCGCCGUAGCAUUGAUGAGGCACUCUUCAGCGAGGAACUAUUUCCCAUAAGUCUCUUCAGCCCGGCCGUUCCUUUCCACUGCAGUGACCUGUCACUCAAUUCGCCAUACUCUACAUCAAUCCACCACAAUGGUGGCCAAGCGCUUCAGGGGACUCUUUCGGCCGACCCUGGCCUGUACCGGACCUCCUCCUGUGUGGAGUUGGCCCCCCAGCACCCACCACCUCUGCCAAACCGCCCCCUGCCGGGUGCUCCCCUAUCGCCCCCCCUGUCCUCCAACUCAAGCUGCUCGUCGCCAGAACGCUGGAGGAACAGUUCCUCCUCCUGUUCCCUGUACAGACCCUCCCAAGGAGUGUCGUCCAGCCCAGAGGCACAUGCCCAGCCCCACUCCCUAUGCGACAGCACAGCCUCCGGCCACCAGGGCUCACACCUACAGAGACGUUAUCGCACUCUAGGUUCGGCCUCACAGGAGAGUCUUGACCUGGAGUCUGAAGCAGACCGGUCCGUACAAGAGGAGUUCAUCAACGUCUGCAGACAGAUUGAUUCGAUGAGCAUCUGCAGUGAGACAAUAGACCUGUAGAGAGCUAAUUACUGAGGAUUAAAAUAAGGGGAUGCGAUGAGAGAUUCAAGUGUAGGUAGCUGCAUGCUACAAAAGACAUUUGACAAGGUUAAUUGUUUGUCCCUAUCCUAACUUUAACCCUAAACUUAAUCUUGUUACACUUAUAAAGUUGGGGGGCUAUAAAGUUGGGGGACAUUAGCUCUGCCCUCAUUACUGAGCAAAUCCAAAUGCAUUCAGGCAGAUUGUUUCCAGAAAGAGAUUAAUAACAAAAAAGGAAAACCUGCGAUUCAAAAUGCAGUUUCAAAAUCCAAGCAGCAACUAGCACUUUGAUUCUGAAGACAAGCCUUCAUUGUCAAGGUAAACUAGUGCCAAAUAUUUUUGUCAACAAACCAAGGAUUUUUUGGAGAAUGAAAAAAAUUCCUUCAUGGAAUUUGUGGGUUUCCUAUGAAUUUCAAGAGGGAAAUGGUAGUUUGAAAUAAGCACUUCUUAUAAAGCAAUGUACUAUUACAUUUUCCAUAGAGUAAAUAUUUUAUGUUAAAAUGUUUUAAUGCAGUAAAAUGUAAUUCUGUUGGUGCGCCUCUACAUCAAGCCUUAAUAUCCGAAAUAAACUUCAAGAUCCAUCCAACAUAGGAAAGCUUGAUUUUAACAAACAGCAACAUAGCAGCAAGCAGCAGUGACCUCAAUAGCAUAAACCCGCUUUUUCUAUACAAUUAACACUAAUGGCUAUGACACUACAGAGAGCACCACUUAUAUAAACCUCUUUAUUUAGUUAUUUAUCCAAGAAAACCGGUCAUUAAUUCUUGCCUAAAAAAAAUAAAAUGACUUUGAUAUUUUAGUGUG